AUGAACUUCAAAAAUUAUAUGAUGCGGAACGACCUUAAAAAUGGAAAAUAUAUAAAGCUUGAUGAACUAACUACACAAUACAAGGAUUUUGUGCAUAUAAAGCAUCAAGUGAACUCCCACAAAAAAAAAAGAAAUGUAAUGUGCUCGGAAAAUUUCAAAUUGUUAUUAAAC